AUGUGGGAUCUUAGCUCCCUGACCAGGGAUCAAACCCACACCCCCUGCAUUGGAAGGCGAAGUCUUAACCACUGGACGGCCAGGGAAGUCUCUGAGGCCUCUAUUUUAACUGCAUCGCAGUUUAAUUCUCCUCUCUGCCUGUCUUACUCCCUUACAAGUGUGGCUUCUCAGUAAAAUUCUUGCAGGCACAUCCCUGUUUCCCAAAAAACUUGACCUAAAGUGAACAAUCAUAAAUAAUGACAAUGUUAAAAAUAACAAAAUGAUACUAGCAAACACACAGUCCUCCCACAUGCCAGGAACAGCUCUAAGCGCUUUACAUAUACUUACACAUAGGUAAACAUGUUUGCACUGGGUGAAAAGUGGUUAUAAUCCCAUGGCCUCUGAGUACUGCAGUGUGGAGACAAGAGAAAGAUGAGGCUGGGAUCAGGGAAAGAGAGUGGGGAUGGAGACAAGUGGACAAGCUAGAUGUAGUUAGUGCUUGCUGUUUGGCAGGAAGUGAAGGACAGGAAUAGGAUGGGUGAUCCCAAGACAGUGGGGCAGCCUUUAGGAGCAGGUUUGGGGAAACACAUUGGGUUCAUCGGGCAGCACAGUCUCCUCUCCUGAGAUGAGGGUUGGGGUAGAGUUAGUGGAGUUGGGGCAGGUUGGCCAGCCCGUAAGUUUCCAGUGGCUCCUCCUUCCCUGCUGCCGGAGCUGCCCAAAGACUUCCUCCACGUCCUUCCUCAACAACGCUGGUCUCCGGGGAUCCUGGGGUUAUUUUCGUCCUCUUCGGCGGUUGGACAAUUGUUGAUGGUCCCCGAAGUUUUUCGGCCGUGUUCGCAGAGAUGAAUUGUGCUGGAUUCCCUGGGAGGGCGCGGAGCGGAAGCGGAACCAGCGAUGCUGGCGCCGGCGGCCUGGAGGCCAGGAACGGAAGCGGAAGUGGCGGCGGCGCCGGCCUGGCCUGGCCUGGCUGAGGGGAGGUGGCGGGAGGGCGCUAUGGCGGAGGCCGGGCCACAGGCGCCGCCGCCCCCGGGCACACCAAGCCGGCACGAGAAGAGUUUGGGACUUCUCACUACCAAGUUCGUGUCGCUUCUGCAGGAGGCAAAGGACGGCGUGCUUGACCUCAAGCUGGCAGCUGACACCCUAGCUGUUCGCCAGAAGCGGCGGAUUUAUGACAUUACUAACGUGCUGGAAGGUAUCGGGCUGAUCGAGAAAAAAUCCAAGAAUAGCAUCCAGUGGAAGGGCGUGGGGCCUGGCUGCAAUACCCGGGAGAUCGCGGACAAGCUGAUUGAGCUCAAGGCAGAGAUCGAGGAGCUGCAGCAGCGAGAGCAAGAACUAGACCAGCACAAGGUGUGGGUGCAGCAGAGCAUCCGGAACGUCACAGAAGACGUGCAGAACAGCUGCUUGGCCUACGUGACUCAUGAGGACAUCUGCAGAUGCUUUGCUGGAGACACCCUCCUUGCCAUCCGGGCCCCGUCGGGCACCAGCCUGGAGGUGCCCAUCCCAGAGGGCCUCAAUGGGCAGAAGAAGUACCAGAUUCACCUGAAGAGCGUAAGUGGCCCCAUCGAGGUGCUGCUGGUGAACAAGGAGGCAUGGAGCUCACCACCUGUGGCGGUGCCUGUGCCGCCACCUGCAGAUCUGCUCCAGAGCCCACCUGCUGUCUCUACUUCUCCGCCUCUGCCCAAGCCUGCUCUGGCCCCGCCCCAGGAUGCCUCACGCCCAAGCAGUCCCCAGGUGACCACCCCCAACCCUGUUCCCGGCAGCACCGAAGCCCAGGGGGUGGCCGGUCCAGCCGCUGAGCUCACAGUGAGUGCUGGCCCUGGAACCGAUAACAAGGACGGUGGUGAGCUCAGCUCCCUCCCGCUGGGCCUGACAGCACUGGACACCCGGCCGCUGCAGUCCUCUGCCCUGUUGGACAGCAGCAGCAGCAGCAGCAGCAAUAGCAGUUCAUCCGGACCCAACCCUUCUACCUCCUUUGAGCCCAUCAAGGCAGACCCCACAGGUGCCAAAGCUGGCCAGCCCCCUGCCAUCAACCAGAGCUCUGCCAGCCAAGUUCUGGAGCUCCCCAAAGAGCUGUCAGAAAUCUUUGAUCCCACUCGAGAGUGCAUGAGCUCAGAGCUCUUGGAGGAGCUGAUGUCCUCAGAAGUGUUUGCACCCCUCCUCCGCCUUUCUCCACCCCCUGGAGACCACGAUUACAUCUACAACCUGGAUGAGAGUGAAGGUGUCUGUGACCUCUUCGAUGUGCCUGUUCUCAACCUCUGACUGACAGGGGCAUGCCCUUUGUGGCUGGGACACAGACUGUCUAACCUGGGGGCUGCCUGGGGACCUCCCCCCACCCCACCCCUGCACAGCUUGAGAGCCGUAGACUCCUGGCUUCCCCAGCCUUCCCUCACUGCACAGUUCUGGCCACAAGUCCCACUCCUGCACCAACACCUGUUCUGUGCUGGGAGAGCAGGGAAAAGGGGCUUAGCCCUCUCCACUGUGGAGCCAAAGUGUUUGCCACUCCUUUUUGGGGGCCUUCCCCUACCUGGUAGCCUCCCCCGGCCCUCCCAGAGUUCAGUUUCAGCUGCCACCCAGUGGCACAGAUCCAAGGACCCUCCGUCACCCUCCUAGGGCAGCGCGUCCAGCCCCACUGCCCUGUACCUGCCAGCCUCUCCCCCUGCAGGAGGAAGCAUGGAGUGGGGCUGGGCACUUGCCAGCACCUAGCCUAGCCUCCUUCACUUCUCCCCACGCGGAUCACACAGCUCCUUCUGUACUGCUCGUGUGCCCCCUUUCUGCUGGACCCUUCGCCCUGAGAACCUGUUGGGGCAGGCAGGUUGCUAACAGGAGUAAUGGAGAUCUCUAGCUAGGAAUCUGGGCGGGAGAGUCCCUGAGGAUUGGCCCGGCCUCCCUGUGCCCCGCAGUCCCCCUCUUGUUUAUUCAUUUAUCCUCAUUUAGAGCCAUUUGCAGAGAUUUAGAAAGAUUUGCAGUAACGAAUGGAUUCCUAUAUAAAGAUUAUUUUUAUACUUUUUGCAACAAAAGGAAAUUGUAAUAUUUGUACAGUGUCCAAGUGAAUAAAGACCAUGCCUAAGGC